AAAAGUACAUGUAUCGUCUCCUCUGUCAAUUAAGACAAAAAGUGAACAUCCCCCCUUCCCCUCAUUAUUGUACUCGGCCAGCACCAAGGAGAGAAAGGAAAAGGAGCUCUGAAAGCUCAUCCUCCAUAGCCAACUCGAGUCCAAGCUCAAACAAGGAAAAAGGAAGAAGUUCGGGAAAGAAAAAAGGAGAAAAAGGUAUGGAGAUUAAGGAACUUGAUUGGGCAUUUUUAGAUCUUCGCCGGAGUUUCGCCAGAAUUGGUCAAAGCCCGUCGGAGUUGGUCAAAGUUCGCCGGAAUUCGCUAAAGUUCAAUCGGGAAGCGUAGAACGCGCUAAGGCUCACUUAAGUUUCAGGUAGAACUUGAAGGUUGCUACUAUCGCCCAUUUGCUUCGGGAAGAUCAAGGAGAGAAGACGUGGUUCGUGCUUCCUCCAUUUCUUUUUUAAAAACAAUUAUAUUAAUGAUCAUGGAUAUUAUUUUUUGAAUAAUUAUUUGGGGGCUUGUAUGCCCAUGUUUGCCAAAGUGUGGCAUGAAUACUUGUAUUAAAUGUUUCUGCUGCUUUAAAUGAAUAUUUUACAUUAUGUUUGUUUAUGAAUGUACUAUGUGUGAA